CAGAUUUUGUGCAGCUGCCGGGACUGGUGGGAGGACGUCGGCACUGACUGCAGCACAUUGCGAUGCAGGAGAGGGAGAAUGAGGACGCGGUGCCUGUAUGAGCUGCACGCCUGAAGCCCGCAGCAGCUGCAGCGUCCUGUGCGGGCGGAGCGCGGGGAGCUGUUGGUGGAGUUUAUGCGCACACCUCUGGAAGCCGCUACCGAAGAGGGCCGAGGUGUCUCUGCAGCGCCGCGGCUUUUCAGAGGGAUACCGUCUCGAUACGUGACUCCGAGCCCAAAGCUGCCCUGGCUCGGGAUCUGAGACGGAGGGAGGGAGAGGGAGGGGGAGGUGGGGGCACCCCGCCCGUCUCUCCUCAUUUGGACUGCAGGGAUAACGACCUAAACCGUGAUGUCCCCGCGCACAAACCACUGAGCAGGUGUUGCUGGCAGCGCUGUCACCGUCCGUACACCGUUUUCUUCCAUCCCGCACUUCUGCGCCAAAGAUUCCCAUUGACUUUGGAGAACAAGAAAUAAGAGUGGCAAAGAUUGUGACUGUCGUUGGAGAUCUUCUACUUCGACAGGUCUGUUAUGAUCCAAGGACCAAAAGGGCAGAUAACGUGUCCUCUGUGGAGAAGGAGUCAACACAUAAUUUCUAAGGCUCCCGUAUGUUUCCAGUCAAGACAGCCUCUCAAAACCAACUCUCGCUGUUCAAACAUGAGGAUUUAAGUUGAGUCAACAGGGAUAAAUGCUUUAAAUUUGUCGUCACUUCCACGACCAGCCCAAUCGAUAAGAAGCUCCUGCUCAUCAUCUUAUUAUUGUCUCUUUACCAAUCGUGCAACAUGCGUCCUUCCCUUGCCACGGCAGUCCUACCGCCAAGGACCCGUUCCCACAAUCCACCCAACCUCCCAGUGGGGGGCCGAGAACACUUGUCAGCUCCACGAAGACGCAGCCCCCACCUCCGGCACACCCUCAGCCCGGAGAACCUACGAACCCUGGCGGAGAGGGGCGGGGCUGCCGUCGAUACCGUCUCUGUUGUCAGCAGUCCUAUCGGCCUUCCGCGGGCAAACAGUGACACAGAUCUGGUGACCUCCCAGAGCCGGUCCUCACUAACGGCGUCCACUCUGGAGUACACGCUGAACCGCGGCCAGAACCUCGUCAUAUCUUGGGAUAUCAAGGAGGAGGUGGAUGCUACCGACUGGAUCGGGCUGUACCACAUUGAUGAAACCAAUCCGUCCAAUGUGUGGGACUGUAAGAACCGAGGGGUGAAUGGCACCCAGAAGGGUCAGAUCGUUUGGAGGCUGGAGCCCGGGCCCUACUUUAUGGAGCCCGAGACCAAGAUCUGUUUCAAGUAUUACCAUGGAGUGAGCGGAGCCCUGAGAGCCACAACCCCCUGCAUCACCGUGAAGAAUCCUGCAGUCCUGGUGGAGGGACUGGCAGAGCAGGUGGGCAUUGAACAUCCACGAAAACUGAUCAGCUUUACUUUGACAGAUCUGCGUGCCACUGGCCUGAAGAAGGGCAUGUUUUUCAAUCCGGACCCGUACCUGAAGAUGUCCAUCCACCCGGGGAAGAGGAGCGUCUUCCCCAUCUUCAGCCACCACGGACAAGAACGACGAUCAGCCAUCAUCGCUAACACCACCAACCCCGUCUGGCAUGGAGAGAAAUACACGUUUGUAGCACUAAUGACAGACAUCCUGUACAUCGAAGUAAAGGACAAGUUUGCGAAAAGUCGACCGAUCAUCAAGCGCUUCCUCGGUCAGCUCACUAUCCCUGUGCAGCGGCUUAUUGAAAAAAUACCUGGAGUCCAGCCUGUGAGUUUCUCCCUGUGUCGGCGCCUGCCCACUGAACAUGUAAGCGGCCAGUUGCAGUUUAAAGUGGAGCUCACCUCGACCGGGCCUGAUGGAGCCUCUCCUGAGUCUAUCAUUGGCAUGUCAUCCUUGAAUGGAGCUCCAGGGACUCCAUCCGAUGAUGAGGACCUGCCCCAUCAUCUUCCGGGAGUGAUCUCGGCAGGCCCUUCUCCUACUGGCUCCCAGGGCUCCCAAGGCAUGUGGGAAGGCGGGGCCAUGGCCUUCCCAGAAAAGGAGCUGCCUCUUGUUGGAGCCGAAGGUAGAUUUGCGGAGCCUGUGAGCCUGUCAAGCCAUGAAAUGCUCCAGAGAUCACUCAUUGAGGGCCUGGAUGCCAUUGAGGCCCCCAAAGGCCCUGGUGAAAGACCCCUGGGCGCGGCCUCGCCUAAACUGCGCUCUAGCUUCCCCACACACACAAGGCUCAGCGCCAUGUUGCACAUCGAUUCAGACGAGGACGAGGAGAGGUCUGGGGCCAAUGACAUCACUCCGGUGCCGCUGUCACCACUGCUGAUGAAUGGAGAACCUCCAGAUGUCAGCGGCCCCGAUGAAGAGGACCCGUUUCCUGAGCUCCAGCAGGAGCCUGAGCAGCUGGAGCCCUCAGUGCUAGAGGAGGAGCCCGAGGGUGCAGGUGGUGCGACAGACGACGUGCCCCCUGAUGCAGAGGUGGCCCUGGAAAUGGGGGCAGGUCUGGACUUGGAGGAUGUUUUGGAGCCAGACGUCUUCUCCGAAGUGGAGGAGGCUCCUUUCACAGAGGCUUUGUCCCAUAAUGCUAUGCCAGAGGAUGAAGUGCAUGAGGAAGGAAGGGGGCCUGGCGAGGACCUCUCCUCAGAGAUUGACACCUGCUCCAUGGCAACAGCUCCGCAGACUGUCUUCUCAUCAUCGGACAGCUGUCCAAUCACGUUGACUACUGCUGUGGAAGCGGAGGAGGGAGCGGAGACGGCCAUAGAUCCUGGGGGAGAUGUAGUUUCCGGCACCCCACCAACCAAUCAAGCUGUAGAUGAUGAAGGUGGGGGGCAAGUCGUUUUCACUGAGGCUGAAGGAGGAGCUCCCCCAGCCAGCGAGGAAGAGGAGGUCCAUGGGAUCAGCGUGAGGAGGCUGAGCCUGCAAGCUGCCGGGGGCGUGGCUGAAGAACAGGCAGGGGCGGGGAUAAAGCCACAUGAGGAGGCGGGUUCUGUAGAUUCAGAGCAAGUCACCACAGAAACAGAUGGAGAGGAAGGUACUCACGUCAACGGCCAUCCUGUACGUUCGCUUCCUUCUGUACGUCAUGACAUCCACCGAUACCAACGUGUGGACGAGCCUCUACCUCCCAACUGGGAGGCUCGGAUCGACAGCCAUGGGAGGAUCUUCUUCGUGGACCACGUGAACAGAACCACCACAUGGCAGCGUCCCACCGGACCUCCUGCCCCGCAGGGCCUGACCCGCUCCAACUCCAUUCAGCAGAUGGAGCAACUCAACCGCAGGUACCAGAGCAUCAGGAGGACCAUAACCAACACUGAUCGGGCAGAGGAAGCCUCGGUUGACCUGCUUCCUGAACCAGAAAGUGACCUGAUGCCUCACAACAUUUCUGAAUACCGACGAGAAAGUGCAGUCGCUCACUCCAGUGGUCGUUCGCGUCUCUCCCUGCUGCUCCAGUCGCCCAGCGCCAAGUUCCUGUGCAGCCCUGACUUCUUCACCGUGCUGCAUUCUAACCCUAGUGCCUACCGCAUGUUUACGAGCAACACCUGCCUGAAGCACAUGAUCAGUAAGGUGCGUCGGGACGCUCAUUACUUUGAGCGCUACCAACACAACCGCGACCUCGUCACCUUCCUCAACAUGUUCUCCAACAAGCAGCUGGAGCUUCCCCGGGGCUGGGAGAUGAAGCAUGAUCAUACUGGGAAGCCCUUCUUUGUGGAUCACAACUGUCGCUCCACGACCUUCAUUGACCCACGGCUGCCCCUCCAGAGUUCUCGCUCCACCGGGCUGCUGGCCCACCGCCAGCACCUGAGCCGCCAGCGCAGCCACAGUGCUGGGGAGUGCUUCCUUUUGUCACAGGUAGUGGACGACUCUCGCCAAAUCAACCCGCCCGUCAUGCCACGCCCAUCCAGCACCUUCAGCGGCUCCAGUCGAAGUCAGUACCAAGAUGUGGUGCCUGUGGCCUACAAUGACAAGAUUGUGGCGUUUCUACGGCAACCCAACAUCUUUGAGAUCCUGCAGGAAAGGCAACCCGAGCUUGCCAGAAACCACUCGCUCAAGGAGAAGGUGCAGUUUAUUCGCAGUGAGGGAGUCAGUGGGCUGGCUCGUCUCUCUAGCGACGCUGACCUCGUCAUGCUGCUGAGUUUAUUUGAGGAGGAGGUGAUGUCAUAUGUACCACCAUUACUCCACCCGAGUCACUGCCUCUCCUCUCCUCAGAGCUCCCCUGGCACCCAGCGAGCCAAUGCCCGUGCUCCUGCUCCCUAUAAGCGAGAUUUUGAGGCUAAAUUGAGGAACUUCUAUCGAAAGCUGGAGACCAAGGGUUAUGGACAGGGACCGGGAAAAGUCAAGCUCAUCAUACGCAGGGACCACCUUCUGGAGGACGCCUUUAACCAGAUCAUGUGUUACUCCCGUAAAGACCUACAGAGGAGUAAACUUUACGUCAGCUUUGUGGGCGAAGACGGGCUGGACUACAGUGGACCCUCCAGAGAGUUUUUCUUCCUGGUGUCCAGAGAACUGUUCAACCCGUACUACGGCCUGUUUGAAUAUUCAGCCAAUGACACGUAUACUGUCCAGAUCAGCCCCAUGUCUGCUUUUGUAGACAACCACCAUGAAUGGUUUCGCUUCAGUGGGCGUAUCCUGGGCCUGGCUCUCGUCCAUCAGUACCUGCUGGAUGCCUUCUUUACCCGACCCUUCUACAAGGGGCUUCUUCGCAUCCCAUGUGACCUGAGUGACCUGGAGUUCUUGGAUGAGGAGUUCCACCAGAGCCUGCAGUGGAUGAAGGACAACGAUAUUGAAGACAUGCUGGAUCUCACCUUCACUGUCAAUGAGGAGGUCUUUGGACAGAUUACAGAGAGAGAGCUGAAGCCAGGCGGGGCUGGUAUCCCUGUGUCAGAGAAGAACAAAAAGGAGUACAUUGAGCGAAUGGUCAAGUGGCGUAUAGAGAGAGGAGUGGCCCAGCAGACGGAGAGCCUGGUCCGAGGCUUCUAUGAGGUGGUGGAUGUGCGACUGGUGUCUGUGUUUGAUGCCAGGGAGCUGGAGCUGGUGAUUGCAGGCACUGCAGAGAUCGACCUGGCAGACUGGAGAAACAACACAGAGUACAGAGGAGGUUACCAUGACAACCAUAUAGUGAUUCGUUGGUUCUGGGCAGCUGUGGAAAGGUUCAACAAUGAGCAGAGGCUGAGGCUGCUGCAGUUUGUGACAGGCACCUCCAGUAUUCCCUACGAGGGAUUUGCCUCUCUACGGGGCAGUAAUGGACCCCGCAGAUUCUGUGUGGAGAAGUGGGGGAAAAUCACCUCCUUACCCAGGGCUCACACUUGCUUUAAUCGUUUGGACCUCCCACCUUACCCCUCCUUCUCCAUGCUCUAUGAGAAGCUGGUCACUGCUGUAGAGGAAACGAGCACGUUCGGUUUGGAGUAACCUCGAAUCAGCUCACACCCAGGUCUAACUUGGGAGAGAGAACCAUCUGGAAAUCCACCUUUCUCACUUAGGAGAGAAAUGGAAUAUAAAACUAAUAUCCUCAAAAGGCAACUAACCCCCCCGUGGACAACUCUGCUGUUUUCCCAGACUGGCUUUUCAUCACUCAGCACGCAGCCUUCGAUCCGAUUCUCUGCCUUUCUCUCACAUAUCUAAUAGAAGUCGAUCAAGUGAACACCUUCUGGAAGAAAGGCGAAGAAUCGGAGAAUAGUUUAAACAGCUGUACAGUACAAUUUCUUGUUUUCAUGGUAACCUUUGUUCAUUGAGCCACAUGUGUGCUUUAUCUCUUCAGUUAAAGGCCUUGUUUACUGGAUUUCUAGCACCUUCUGUCCUCCUCCUCCAACCUGCACCUCAGAGACAGCUGCUCAAAAACCACCCUCCCUUCUCCCUCUCUGGACCUCUAAACUGUGUCCUUUCUGCACUGGGGCUGCAACGUUGUGAACUAUAAUACACACACACACACACACACACACACACUAAUCACCUUUGCACAAAACACACACAAACAUGGGACAUUUUGUUUUUAUUGAUGGUGCAAACUAGUGUUUCCCCCAAGAUUUUUUAUCAGCAUUGAAAGACGUGACAUUUUAGAUUUACAAAUGGAUGUUGGCUGGUCCUCCUUGCCUGUCUGAGAGCAGGGGAUAGAUACAUUAGUGUACACCGAUACACACGCAAACAGAUACGCAUACACAAAAUUGCAUAAAACCAGUUGUUCUAUGACUGAAAAUACAUUUCUUUUCACAGCUUUGAUUCCUGAAUACGCUGGACAAUGAGUCACAAAUCAUCAGUGACAUUCAUGGACAGUGUUAUUGACCCAUUGUGAUAAUGACAGCAGGUUCUGGUCAGGACUGUUACUUCAAUACUGCGACACCAGAGCUCUUACAUGGGCACGAAAGGUAAAGACACAUCUGAGACAUGAAGCCCUGUUUCUGCAUAUACUCAACAAGAACACCUAGUAUCAUACACACAAACACAUGCAUACAGUAUUACAGCAUUAGUCUUGAUGCUGCGGGUGCACUCACUCCAGUAUACAGAUACAUUUACUGACACACUUCAGUCAGAUAGAAGUGCAGGGUUUGUUUUUCAAACUGUUCCACACAUUUAUCAUGAGCAAUAGAUGCACUUUCUCACACAGACAGAUGACGACAGAUGACACACAAGGCCCUUCUCACUGAUGUAAUCGCCUCCCACCCAAUGAAAGUGAUGAAUGUACCAAAUAACUGACUGAAUGUAUGAACCUCAAGCAACUCUGUUCGGCCCCUGAGGAAGAUUUCAAGCAGGCUGAAGAGGAAACACAGAGUGGAAAGUUGGAAGUGCAGGGAAAGGAAAUCAAAUGUGACACAGUUGCUUGAGGAAUGAGGACGCGCUUCACUCGACGUUGACACCGGAUUAGGCCUUGUUAGCUGAAAGACACUCGCCUGGUGUCAUCCAGGUACCUGGUCAGGGUGCAGUGGUGGGAUCUUUAGUGCCUCCUGGGUUUUCCUGACCAUAAAGUGAAAUUUCAUAAGGAAAGCUACGUUAUUUCCUUGUAAAAAUUCGGCCAGAUCCAUGUCUCACAAAUCAAAGAUGGUGAAACGUGAGGCUCUGCGGUUUAAAUUCCCAAAACAGAUAUCAACACAAGGGGGCAGUAAGGUUUGCUGUCAUUACUAUGGCAUGGUCAAAACAAAGAACCAGUGAUCUUCUCCUUUCUGAAUGACCUGACCAGGUGUGAUGAUGAUGAUGAUGUUCUCGAUAGUUUUGUCUUGAAAGCAUGUGAUAAAACAUUCUCUAAAUCUUAAGUGUACGACACAAACCCUGAGGACCCUUUCACUCAGUCUCUCACACACUUUCUUACAUGCAUACACGAACACACACAGUCGUUUUCUAUCGGGUGCAUGCAAGAUUACACCUACUGUACAGAGUCCUGUUGGAGUUAGACCACAGGGGCUGGAAUAUUGCUAGAGAGCCCCACAUGUGAUGCAAGAUGUGGAGGCAGACUUUAGUAUCCCAGCCCCCCUCCCAGUCCAAUACUGCAUGCGGGAUCUUCCUGGUCAGCUCUGUGAGCUGUGCUGAGGCAGAAACCCCUAGAUGGUGUUGUGUUAUAGCUUGAUAUUGCAUGCUGAAAUAGUGCAACACACUGUCCUUACUAGCUUUUUUUGCAUGAGGAUAUUGCUAUCCAUUCAGAAAAAGGGGUGAGGGAGCUGGUUAAGUUGUGUCACUUUGGUUGUGGCGCUCACUUGAAGCAUGCGGCCUUAUGCUUACCUGGCACUGUCAUACCUUGAGUGUUUAGCUCAUGGGAGCAAGGUGUAGGAAAUAGGUGCUUUAGUCACUUAGUUUUAGCUCUGGGAAUGGACAAUGUGCGAAUGCAAUAGUUUGUUUUCUCUAUGACAGUGUAAUGGCGAGUAUCGGCAGCAUGUUUCAGAAAUGUUGUUACUUUCACAUGUGCGUGUCUGCCUAUCUUAGUCAUGGGUUGGUGGUUAUGGUUCAUUGCUCAUGAAUCGGUGAUGAAUCAAUAGGGCUGUUUUGAUUUUGUGAAACGUGAGAGCACAUGUAUGUGUACCAUGUGUGCGGUCCUGUUUGUCUAUUUGUAUAUAAAUGUAUAUGUAUGUCUGUCCUGUUGUGUGUAUAAAUAUAUAUUUUGCACCGAAUGUACCAAAGGUUUGGGGCUUGCAAAGUCAACCAUUAGGCCUGCUCUCUAUUUCUGUCCAACAAACACGUCCCACUCCUGGCUUCUGCCAAAUCCUUACAGAGCAUCACCCCAUGUUUGCUUGAGGGUCAGAUUUGUGGCAUGGGCAACAACACUUCACGUUAGGAUAUACAUUCACUCGGUCAGUUUGACGUUUUCCAUAAUGAGGCUUUUCUGCUGCAGAAGACUGGUAUGGUUGAUUACUGGUUUCACAUCCAAAUGAAGGCAGUUGCACCUCGCGUCUUUCCUAGUACAUUUCUGACAGGACCUGGCUCCGGUUUUCCGAAUUCCACUCUAUGCAAAGCUCCUGUAUGUGUGUCUCCAUUUCACCCCAAUGAUUGUAAUAAAAGAGAACAAAUGGCAAAUUUUGA